AGUGAAUGAUAUCUGACGAUGUCGUCCUCCUGCAGGACGGCAGAUAUGAACAGAAAAUUCAAGUCGACCGACGAAGGCUUGAGGCCAUGAUAACGGGUGUUCCCGCGACCGAAACAGGUUUCAUAUUUAUUAAUGCGGAGGACUUUUUCAAUAAGGUGAAACAAUAUUCUGGUGCAGAAGUUUGCUGGCCGUCGCAGUUAAAGAUCGGUGCGAAAACAAAGAAAGAUCCAUUCGUGAAAGUGAUUGGAACCAUAGAGCAGAUUGAUAAAGCGAAAAAAUACAUCAGCGCCACACUUCAGGUGAAGAAGGAAAGAGCUACACUGAAGAUGGACAUUCAUCACUCAAUCCACUCACAUAUCAUUGGCAAAGCUGGACGAGGCAUACAGCAAGUCAUGCGGGCAACCGGCUGCCACAUACACUUCCCAGACUCGAACAAAUACACAGACUCAGCCAACAAAAGCGAUCAAGUGUCCAUUUCGGGUCCUCCACAAAACAUCGAAAAUGCGAGGAAACAUCUUCGUGCUAUCUCCCCAUUGGUGCUGACUUUCGAUUUGCCAUGGGUAUUCCCUAAAGAACCAGAAGUGACACAAUUUCCCCCAGAGAUGAGUGUUAUGCUGACUUUUCGUGCCGUUACUCCAACAUUGUACUCCUGUGUGUUGCGUGCUAAUGCUGGUGACGAUCUCAUAAUUUUGCAAGCAAUCAGUGUUAUCAUGGCACAGUUUCACGUCCCGGAGGAAUUUCCGCUAACCGUGCGUACAACCUUCACUGUCAAAGAGGAAAUGCUGCAAUCAUUACGCAAAGGAGACGAAUCACAUAGGUUGAAUAGGCUUGCUCAGCGGUUUGGUGUACAUCUCCAACUUCCAGAAGCUUCUCAGCCAGUCCUCAUCUAUGGACCCUCCAGCGGUGUUCUUCUAGUGCGCAAAUUCAUAAUGGGUUUGUCACCAAUUGUCCUAUCGUUUGAUGUGCACAUGGGAGAGCUUCGCUCGGACAUUGAAAGUACACAGAAAGAAUUUGGUGUAAUGGUCUAUUCGAAAAAGAAAAACAACGCACACGAUUUAGUGGCAGUGUCAGUGCGGUCCACAGAAGAGAAUAUGCUGAAAGUUAUUCGCACGAGAGAGUAUCUGCUUGGAUUAACUUUAACAAAUUUUCUAGAAAAUGAGUAUACUGGACUAGAAACACCUCAAGCAUCUGAGGAAAAGCUCGUAAUGCCCAUGAACUCGCUCUUUGAUGCACUCCCUGAAACACCAAAAAGUCCAAACCCACUGGAUUCGCCGAUUGCUUCGUCCAUACUAAAAGGAGCUAAAGAGUAUAACAAGAAAAACGAUUUGUGGAACAAGACGGUUGCAGCGAGAGCAGAUCGGGAGCAGAUGCUACUGAAGGCUACACAAGCAGUUUUUGACGAUAAUGCGCUCACGAAGUCAGUUCCGAGGUACCCAACAGAUCUUUGGGCAGGCUACGGUUUUAGCUGCUCAUUGCCAGCUGACCUUUUGAAAGGGAUAUUGGAUAUAUCAGAAGAUAGUGAAGUUCCAGAGGGAAGACCGAUCUUAGGAAGAGAUGCUAAAACCCCUCCAAGAGGAUUGUGCGCAGUGCGCGAAGAAGAUGAGCUGUCCGAGUUUUCUGGGUCAUUCAGCAGCAACUCCAUGAAUUCUGCCAAUCGAGUAUUUGAAAGGAAGAAUCGAUCUGCGUUUUCCGCUUCCACUUCGAUAUUUGACUCAUCGCCUAUAGUUGCGGAAUUCACAUGGGACAUCCGAGUUUUUGUAGAUCCGGCAAUGGUACUUGCACAACUGGGUUGCAGCGAAUAUAUGACACAAUUACGAGAACAAGAGAUCGACAUGCACGCUUUCCUUCUUUUGGACGAGCAAAACCUUAAGGAUAUCGGCGUGUCCACGAUUGGUGCUCGUAAAAAGAUUCAUCAUGCUAUAAUCAAGCUUCGCGAAUCAGCACGCAUGCACGGUUAUGCCAUUUAAGCGCAAGGCAACUUUUUCCCAUUGCUUCACUAGCGCCUGUUUUCUCUCAUACAAUGUACAUAAGUAUGUUCCUUUUUUGUUUUCUCCUGUGGUUCCUGUCGUCUAGUUGAGUUACGAGUUAACAGAGUAAGUCAUGACUGUAAGGUGCUUGAUUCGUUUAUUCUUGCCAUAUAUUGCAUUUUCAAGGUACACUAAGUUAUGCAUUAUAAAUCAUUACGAGUUCUCUUUGCAGUUGAUGACAUUUUACAGUGGCGGUAAUGCAAAGAAAAGCUUAAAUCAGUUGGU